AUGGCAACACCUCCUGAGCAGCCAUGGUCUAAUCAUGAGAAGAACUACCUACUGGCCGAAAUAAUCAAGUCCGCGAACCUGCCUCCUGAUGUCUUCUACAACAUAAUCAGACAAUAUAAUAUCUUGCCGCAACUAGAAGACAUCCCCCUUCCUCAAGGUCGCUCGCUAAACUCUUGCCGAAGAGCCUUCGAAGACUUGCGGAGAUCCCUGUCGAUACAUCCAAUGGCCGCGCCGAUAGCUCCUCUUACGCCCACGCCUAUAUCUGCACAGGCAGCAUCACAGAACAUCAAAAGACCGUUUCCCUUCGAAUCACAAUACCCAGCACCUGGUGGCGGCGGCGGCGGUCGAGAGAUAAGACCAAAGCCUAUACAAAGUGGCCCGAGUCUAUAUGCUCAACCAUCACCGACAGAGCCUCCUCCGAAGAGGAAGCGAGGACGUCCUACCAAUGCUGAGAAGCUUGCCAAAGCAGAGGCUGCAGCAGCAGCAGGACGAAGCGAACCUGGGCCGGCACCAAUGGCCAGACCCUUACCACCGCCAAUACAAACCCCAUCGUCGACGACAUCGUCCGCUCCAACGCUUGCCGCACCCGUACUAGAAGAACCAAAGCCAUCCUCACUACCACCCGCCACACGAAUGCCCAUCGCCGCAAUGUUGACACCAACCGCACGCGAUCCCAAAAGCGCAAGCCAAUCGAGCUCAUCAUCCGGCAAACGACGCCGCGCUCGAUCAACCAAAUCCGAAGCCGAAGAGACACCCGUCGCCCGCUCCGGUCAAAGAUACGAGUCACCUUACGCAAGAAUGGGACGCGGGUCAGAAGACAGCCCAGCACGAACGGCAGUGCUCCGCCAUCGAGAGGACCCAGCAGCAACAACAACAGCUGGUGGUGCUGCAAGUGCACCACGCACCGCUCCGCCCGAGCGACCCGCUGAAGGUACCGCAGAAUCAGAACCGCAUUGA